AUGAAAAGUAGAAGAAAACACUUUUUCAAACAAAUAGUUUUUAUAAUUUUAAUUUUAAUAGUAAGUGUAAAUUCAGAGAGAAUUGAAUAUUCAGCAUAUAGUGAAGAUGAUAAAUCAAUAAAUAUAGCCUUUAAAAUAGAUACACCAAUUUGGGGAUUUUCAUAUUAUUAUAAUCCUAUUCAACAUUUAUCAAUUAUAAAAUCAAUUGAACCAAUACCAAUAAUUAGAAAUAAUAUACCAUUUAAAUGUAGAUAUCUAUUAGAUAAAAAAGGUUAUCAAAUUAAUCUUAUAAAUUUAAAAGAUGAUUUUGGAGAAAAUGAUUUUUAUAAUAAUAUAAUUUGUAAUGCUACAUCUAAUAAAAUAACAGAGAAUAGUAUUCAAUUAAAAGGAAAUGAUAUAAAUACAACAUAUGAAUUCAUAUGCAUAGAUGAUAAUGAUAAUAAUAAUAAUAAUAAUAAUAAUAAUAUAGAUAAUAUAGAUAAUUUAAUUAUAAAUAGUAGUGACUAUCAUGGUGAUAGUAGUAAUAGUAAUAAUAGUAAUAAUAAUAAUAGUAAUGAAAUUGAUAAAUUUUUUUGUUUAAAAAAUGAUUUAUCAAAUCAUACUCUUUGUACAUAUAAUAGCAAAUACGCAUGCUUACAAUCAAUUGUUUUUUCAGGAACAAAAAUAAAUGAAGUAUAUAAUAUAAAUAAAAAAGUUUUUUCAACAUAUAAAUUUCAAAGAUCAAAUAUAAUUUCAAUUAAUGGUUUUUCUUAUUCAAUAUAUCUAGGAUGUGAAGCUAAAUUUGUUGGAGCAAUUAAAUCAUUAAAUGGGAUUAUAAUGUUAGUUGGUACACCAUUUUUUAGGGAGAAAUUAAGUAGUUAUAGUUUUAUGAUGGGUGAUAAAUUAUUACCGAUUAGUGAAAAUUUUGAAAAUGAUUUUCAAUAUGGAGAAGAUGAUAAUGUGUUGAUAUCGAUGGGAACUAAUCAAACUUUUUUAAAUUUAACGAGAUAUUCUGAUAAUGUUUUGAAAAUUCAAUUGGAGGGUGGAAAAAUCAAAGAGUUUAAAAUCGAUACACAGAAUAAAAUGACAUUGUCAAUAGAAGCGUUGGGUGGUGAUACAAAACCAUAUAUUCAAAUCGACUGUGAGAGUUGUAUUGGAGCACGAUUGAAAGGUUUGACUAUGGAUGUUGCACCAAUUGUAAAUUCAACCAUUUUUCAUUUAGAUUUUAGUGUUUUUACAUUAUAUGGUUCGAUAUAUCUUCAAUCGGCAAUAGCACCAUUUGAAACUUCAAAUGUGGUUAUAAUCAAUCCGAUUAUUAAAAGUCCUAAACAGGGUGAGGUUAUAAAAUUGAGUGUGAAUAAAAAUCAAAAGUAUUCGACUUUGACUGUAUUUGCGUAUUAUUUACCACCACAAUUUGAUGGUGAAACGCUGUUCACUUGCCAAUUCAUUCUGUUUGAUAAUACAACCAUUCAAGUUGACCAAGAGGAUAUAUCGUCAACGAAUACAGGUAGUUAUUGGGAGUAUAGUAUUCAAUCGACAUUAACCUAUGGUAGCGGCGAAUUUCAAAUCAUUAUAAAUAAUUUUCAAGUUGUAAAUGGUAGUUCAGUAAUAACAUUUAAAAAAACAAAUAGUUUUCGUUAUGAAUUUGAAAACCCUAUCGUAGAAACUAUAUCACAACCUAUAAGAGACGGUGUUGGUAUUGUAACUUUAACCGGCCAAAAUCUUAAUGGUUCUCCAUUAAUAACUAUUGAAGGAGAAACUUCAAUUAAAUGUGGAAAUGUUAAAUUUAAUGAUGUUAAUCAAAUAACUUUUGAAAUUACUCAAAGUCCUACCACAACCACUACCACCACCACCACCACUAAACCUGAAGAUAAGUUUUAUAAUGUUAUAAUUAAUGUUGGUGGUACUAAAAGUGAACCAUUCUUAAUGAAUUAUUUACCAAGUGGUUGGAAAUGUCCAAAUAAUUGUAGUGGUAAUGGUUAUUGUGAUGGUUCGUUAAAUUGUAUUUGCAAUCAAGGAUUUUCAGGUUACGAUUGUUCAAUAUUAAUUAAUCAAGUAUUAACCAACGCCAAUUCAUUACCAAUAUCAACAAAUCAACAAAUAAAUGGUUCUUUCUCAAUGACUGGUAAUCAUUUAAAGAAUAUUAGUUUUGAAAUAUCUUUAGCUGGUAUCAUAAUUGAUAGUGAUACAUUUAAACCAUUACAAACUGAUUUUAAAACUUUUUGUAAAGAUUUUGAUGAUGGUUUUACAUUGGAUGCUAAAAAUAGUAAAUUAUCAAUUUCAACCACUGCUCAAUUCAAUCCAAAAAUAUAUAAUUCAAUUAAUAGUAUAAAUUAUAAUGGAAUUUAUUUAGAUAAACUUUCAAAUAAUUCAGUUUAUUUAAAGGUUAAUACGGCAAGCUCAACAAUAACUACAAUGAAAUCAUUAAAGGUUAUUUAUAAAGUGGAUAUAAAGGUUAAUGGUAAAAUACUCACGGAUAAUGAUGAUGAAUCAGUUACAACUGUAGUAUCAUCGCCAAUUAAUAAUAAAAUUUUAAUUAAACAUUUAGAUUCAAAUUCAUGUUUACAAAUUCAUGUUUCAAAUAGAUUUAUGAAUUAUCAAAAUAUGGAUGACGAUUAUGCUUCAUUGGUUAAAAUGGAAUCAAUACCAACAAGUGAUAUAAAUAAACAAGAUCAAAAUAAUCCAAUUUAUUUAAGUAUUAAUAUACCAUUCGACGACGACGUUGUAGGUGGUGGUGGUGUUGAUGGUGGUGAUAAUUCAAAAUUUUCAUUGGAGGUAGCUUCAACUUUUAGUGUUUUUAAUGAAUUUCCAACAAAUAUUAGAAAUUCUCAUCCAACUUUAAGUACAGCUGAUAAAUUCUUUAUAUCAUUUGGUGUUGUAGUUGGUAUGGUUUUAUUAUUAGGUUUAAUAUUUAGAUUUAGAAGAUCAAUUCGUUUCUAUACUUUAAGAUUCAUAAUCAAUAUUUAUUUUCGUUAUGGAAAUCCUAGUGAAAAAAUUCAAAACUUUUAUGGUGGUUAUGGUGUAUUAAAUGGUAAAUUCGAUUCAUUAGAACUAUUUUCAAUGAAUGGUGAUGAUGAUGAUAUGGGAGCUCCAGAUGGUGAUGAUGGUGUACCUGAGGAAGGUUACAUUGUUAAUCCAUAUGAUGUUUAUGAUCCAACUCCAAGUGAUUUCUUGGUUAAUGAAUUCAUAGAAUCAAAAGCAACUUCCGAAAUUGAUUAA